AUGCAGUAUCUACCAGUACAAGACUUCGAAGCGGUGACGAGCGCGCUGAACUUCAACACACCCGACUGUAGCGUGACAGGCGGGUGCGAUCUCUACACGACGAAAUCAACAGGUUCCGACAAGAAGCUCUACAAAAACAUCGACAACGAUCUAAACUCGCAACACGAAGCCCUGCUCAAGCUCGGCGCCAGCCUAUCACCACCUGAGCGCGCUCACAUGCUUGCUACAUCACCGAGCAUGCAGCUAUUUUCACACUCAAGUGCUUUCGGCCCCUUGUCCGAGCUCUCGAGUCGCAAGACAUUUGCAUACCUUAUCGCGACACUGAAUGCGAGUCACCCACACUACGAUUUCUCUCAUGUCCUUCGACCCAACGAUUUCAAACGCGAGAGAAACCUGCGUCGCGUUAUGGUCAACCUCGAUUCAAUUCUUCAGAACGUAAGACCUAACUUCGAACCCAAAUCCCUCGGCUCCUCGCUAGGCAGUGAGACAACCUCGAUAUGGGGCCCCCAAUGCUGGUCAUUGAUCGACAAGGAGAUGCACCUCAACGAGUGUACUAUUUUCAGCUACAACCCCGAGAGCGACCCUUUUGAGGAAGACGAGAGUGCGAUCUGGGCUUCACACUACUUCUUCUUCAACCGCACCUUGAAAAGAGUGGCAUAUCUUUACGUCCGCGUUGUGCCAGUUAUCUCGUCUCAUAGCCCAACUCUCCGACCCACAAAUCUGGCCAGGAACCACAGCAACCAACGGGAUCUGGAAUCAGCUGGCGCGCAGAAACGCGCCAACUACUGGCUUGGUGAUCAAGAUGCUGAGUUAGUGCCAUAUAAUGAGGAUGACGAGGAGCUCAAUGACGACGGUCUUUUCUGGAAUCGCGGAGAGAACGGAGAUCUCGUUGCCUAUUCAGAUGAAGACUUCGACGAAGAUAUCGAGGAUAUGGAUAUGCUCGAUAGCAGUCCUGACAGGUCCAUGAGCGAUGAUGUCGCGGGUCGUAUGGAGAUCUAG